AUGGAAGAAACCAUCAACCUAGCUUUGGAUGACACAACAAAUGGAGGCAUCCUCUUGAUGGCUCAAAAUGAAGAGUCGAACACAAAAGGAGACGGUGGUGCAAAAGAUGACAGCGGUAGUCUUAAGGUGGUAGAAUCUAUCAGAAAUGUUCUGAUACGCAGCAAAUUUGGCAAAAUCGCGGUAUCAGAGACGAGAAAAUCGAAGAAUGAUGAACAACCGAAGAAUAGAGAACUCGAGCUCGAAGAGAGAGAGCUCCAAUGGUCGAAAAAGCAAUUUGAGGGGAAGGAAAAGAAUGAGAAGAUAAUCUCUGAUCUUACGAAGAAAGUUGAAGAAGUUGUGAAGAAAGAGAAAGACCUGUUCAUGAAGAUUGAGGGACUAGUGGACGAGCUAGUGAGGGAGAAGAAAGAUAUAGAGAUGUUAACUCAACAGAGAGAUUUAGUUGAAGUGAACCUGGAUCAAGUCCAACAGAAGGUAGUGAAUUUACGACACACGAUUGAGACACUCAAUCAUGAUAAAACCAAAUUGGAGGAAACAAGAAUGCUAGCGGUAAAGGUCACUGUGGACUUACAAAGAGAAUUGAGUAAACUGAAUGAAGCCGUGAUGUUUGAGUCAAGCGUGGCUGAGAACUGGAGAAAUGAAGAGUUGGAGCCUUAA